AUGCUUGGCUUUUAUGAUGUUCAUACCCUGCUCACUUAUUGGUAUGUUAUUUCCAAGAAUUUGUUGGAGAUGUUUCCCUCUCUCUCAAGAUGUUUCUGCCCUUGCAUCAUCAAAGGAGAAUUGGAGAUAAAUGAUUUUCAACAAAAUGCUCGUUGGAAGGUGACCCACAAGGAAACUUUAGGUCCAAUCUCUGAAUGGACUAGGGCUGCCAUUACAACUAGAGGGCAGUAUUUUGCACCGGCAGGUUCCAGGACUAAGGGAACGAAAGCUGUACUUGUUCAUCACUUCCUAGUUCAGCGCAACUUGGCCGAUAUUCAGUUCUUUAAUAGCAAGUCUUUCAUUAUUAGAUGCUGA